AUGCAUCAGAUAGAUAUUGUUUUUCCGCAUGGGACAAACGUUGACCUGGAACCAGAUGAGGAUAUUGACGACGCCGAGAUGCAAAGCCUUGGAGGGAGUGAUGUGGACUCCGCACUGGGAGAAUCAGAAGCAUGGCCAUCCUCGACCGCAUCACUCCGAUCGAGCAUCGUACGGGCACGCGAGGAGAAUGGACGAAUCUAUCACGGUUACAAGGACGGGAAAUAUGUCUUGCCCACUGAUCAGGAAGAACUCGAUCGGCAAGCUUUUCAAUAUCAGCUCUGUCAGUUGACCUUUGAAAACAGGCUCAACUUUGCCCCUGUACACCAUCCCCAUCGAGUCCUAGACGUCGGUUGCGGCAUAGGGCUGUGGGCAAUAGACUUUGGCGAGGCACACCCUGAAGCCGAAGUUGUCGGCGUAGACCUCUCUCCCGUUCAGCCUGGCUUCACACCGCCAAACGUCCAUUACGAAAUCGACGACCUCGAGGAGGAGUGGAGCUUUUCUAGAAAGUUUGACUAUGUUCACUGUAUGAUGAUGACGGGCGCUUUUAGGGAUUGGCAAAACUUCCACCAACAAGCCUUUGACAACCUGAACUCGGGGGGAUGGUUCGAGAUCCAGGAUAUCGACUUCCCCAUGAGGUGUGACGAUGGAACAAUCCCGCCAGACUGCGACCUCGGCCGGUGGAACGAGCUCAUGAUGGAGGCCGGCCAAAGGUCGGGCUUCCUCCUGGAUACCUGCGGCAGGGCGGCCGAGACGAUGACCAGCGUCGGGUUCGUCGAUAUUGUGCGUAUCCAGUUCAAGUGGCCAAUCAACCAGUGGCCGCGCGACGUCAAGCACAAGACCCUAGGCGUCUGGACAGAGGCCAACUUCAGCGUCGGGCUCGAGUCCAUGACGUUGGCCCUCUUCACCCGCUUCAUGGGUUGGAGGAAAGAGGAGGUCUGGGACUUUAGCGCGAAUGUCAUUGCGGAGUGGCGUGAUGUACGUAGGCAUGGGUAUUUUGACGUGUAUGUAACUUAUGGAAGAAAACCGUAAACGACUCGGGGGCAAAUACGUAAACGGAUCUAGGGCCGGAGUGUUUCUCGCUUGAAUGAAAGAUGGGUGUUGGCCGCGUUCCAACGAUGUUUGCCAUCAACUGGCGCCAAGCCAGCCUUGCGAGCGUAUGGGUCGCUUGCUUUCCCCGUCCACUGCCGGCCACUUGACGAUGAGAGGCGGGUGGUGGCCCUGGGUUGACUAGGAAACGUGCCGACACGAAUGCUGUCAGACGUGCGCGUGCCCGCACUCCCAGCAAGUCGAAUCACACCGUACAAUGCAUGCCGUGUCACCAACGUCAACCCACCGGCCAA